CUUAUUUCAAAAUUUGAUUUUCUCUAUAGGUCCAUUAUUACAAUGAAAUGUUUGGUGUAUGGGAGCCUUUGCUUGAGCCUUUAGAAAUUGAUCAGACUGAGGAUUUUAGACCAUGGAAUCUUGGAAUCAAGAUGAAAAAGAAAGCAAAAAUGGCUAUUGUUGAGUCAGAUACUGAAGAAGAAAAUUACAAAGUGCCAGAAUAUAAAACUGUUAUCAGUUUCCAUUCAAAAGACCAACUAAACAUUACGUUAUCCAAAUGCGGCCUUGUAAUGUUAAAUAAUUUAGCCAAGGCAUUUACAGAAGCCGCCACUGGAGCUUCAGCUGUCAUCAUACGGGAUCUAGCGCCAUUUAUGAUUUUAAAUUCUCUUGGACUUCCUGUCUCUGUUUCACCAAGUGAUUCUUUUAGUGUACUCAAUGUUCCAUUGGCAAGAUCCUACGUAUUGAAAAAUGAAGAGAGUUUAAGUAUGGAUUAUGUGGGAACUAAAGACAAUGAUCAUUUCAAUGCAAUGACUAGCCUAAGCAGUAAACUCUUCUUUAUUCUUCUUAGUAAGUUAUAAAUUAUC